CUAAUAUUCCACCAUCCAGUCAAACCAAAAUUCUAUCAAAAUCAAAACCACAUUUCCCCCCUAUUUCCUAGUACCUUCCAAUCCCUCAAUAAUAAAUUCCAUGACCCCACCGUAAAAAUCUCUGGUAAUCCUCAACAUAAAUAGAUGGCUCAACCUUCCCAAGCUUUUAGAAUUUCAAUUUUGCAACUUUCACUAGUCAAUUUCCUCUAGAAAUUAGCAUUGUAUUGUUGAUCAGCAGCAAGGGAAGGCAGGGCAGGCCAUGGUUCCAUAUCCCCAGGCAGAAUUACCUCUUAACGAGAAUGACUCACAAGAGAUGGUACUAUAUGAAGUUCUGACUGAAGCAAAUGCCAUUUCACCCUCAAAUUUCCCUUCUUCAAGAAACCAAGCUUCUGUGAAUAAGAUGCUUCAUCGGCCAUCUCAUGCCACAGGCAAGAAGCAUUACAGGGGUGUUAGGCGUCGGCCAUGGGGAAAAUACGCAGCAGAAAUUCGCGAUUCGACGAGAAAUGGUACUAGAGUUUGGCUUGGAACCUUUCAAACUGCAGAAGAAGCUGCUUUAGCUUAUGAUAGAGCUGCAUUCAGGAUGCGCGGUGCUAAAGCUCUGCUUAAUUUUCCUUCAGAAAUAGUAACAGCAUCUGAAUCAUCGAUAUUGAGGCAAAGAGUUCAUCAUAAUCAUCAUGCAAAGCUGAACCUAGAUCGACAGGAAUCAAAUUCAAGUAGUAGCUCCACUGAAGUUUCGUCUGGGACGGGGCUGGGAUUGGCUUCAUUUGAAUCAGAGAAUGCAGCUGGGGAUUUGUCGAAUGCAGAGUCCGAAGAAUACGCAGCAACUUUCUCGGUGUUCUAAAAUGUUUAAAGACAGGAGAUCGAAUUUUAUUCCACUUCUUAGGAAACUAUGAUGUAUUAUAGCUGUGUUUUUUCAAUCUGCGUGAGAAUUCUCUAGCCAUUCUCUCUUCCUUAAAUUUUCUUGAGAUUUAAUCUCUAUCCUAGUAAAUACUUUGGUCCUGCAACUCUCCAGCAAAUAUGUUCAUGCAGCUAAUUUAUGUUCAGCUAAAAGAAUU